CCUCUCUCUCUCUCUCUCUCUCUCUCUCUCUCUCUCUCUCUCUCUCUCUCUCUCUCUCUCUCUCUCUCUGUUUUCUACAAGAAAAAUUUAAUUUUCUUGAGAAACAAGCCACUGUCACCAUCCAUCCCUACUAGUACCAAUGGUUGUUGUCGAGACUCUCAGCCAUGGCGAGGAGCAAGAAACCGUCGAUUUCUCCGAUACGCUGCGUUUCAGCGACGAUCUCGGCUCUGGCUCAGCUUGCUCCACCCCCUUCGUCAGCGCUCCGUCUAGCCCCGGCCGCGAUCAACCGCAACCGCCGGGCUAUUUCUUCAGCGCGCCGUCGAGUCCCAUCCAUUUCUUCCUCCGCUCUGCCGCCGCCGCGUCGGAGAAAUCGAAGAAGCUCGACUCGUCUUCUUCUUCUCCCGGCGGCGGCGGCGGCGACUUCGAGUUCGAUUUCUCGUCGCGGUUGUCUUCGAGCAGCGGUCCUUUGGGCGGCGUGCCGAUGACCUCGGCGGAGGAGCUUUUCUCCAACGGUCGGAUCAAGCCGAUGAAGCUCUCUUCGCACCUCCAGAGGCCUCAGAUCUUAGCGCCGCUUAUAGAUCUCGAAACCGAGGAGGGAGAAGACGACGAACGAGACGGGAGGCGUGGGAGAGAUCUGAAGCUGAGAAGCAGAUCUAUUCACCGGAAAGCAAGAUCUCUCUCUCCGCUCCGAAACGCAGCGUAUCAAUGGAACGAAGAAGGGGAAGAGGAGGAAGAGGUAGUGGUAGUCGUUGAAGAGAGCGAGGUGAAGGAAGUUAUACGUAAGCUUCAGGAAGACUACGAGGAAGACGAAACGAAGAGUAAUAACGAAAACGCCACGUCAGCCGAAACGACGCCGUCUUGCUCGGCUUCCUCUUCGAGAUCCUCGUCUUACGGAAGGAACUCGAAGAAGUGGAUCUUCAUCAAGGACCUGCUUCACAGGAGCAAAAGCGAAGGGAGAGCGAACGGCAAGGAGAAGUUCUGGUCCAGCAUCUCCUUCUCUCCUUCCAACUUCAAAGACAGGAAGCUCAAAUCUCAGCCUCUCCCGGAAGCAGCAGAGAACAACGCAGCAGCCGCCGCCGUCGAGAGCAAGAAGCAGAAACAGAAACAAACAGCGCCGUCGGCGAAGAAGGCUCCGAUCGCCGGAAAGCCGACAAACGGGAUAGCGAAACGGAGAGGGAUGCAGCCGUCGGCUCACGAGCUGCAUUACACAGCGAACAGAGCUCAAGCGGAGGAGAUGAAGAAGAGGACGUACUUGCCGUACAGGCAUGGGCUCUUCGGCUGUUUGGGGUUCAGUUCUAAAGGUUACAGUGCAUUGAACGGUUUAGCCCGGAGCUUAAACCCGGUUUCAUCCGGUUAAAUUCUAGUUCAAGUCAUUUUAUCAAUUAUUAGUAUUGUUAAGCAAAUGUUUUUUUUUAUGUAUAGGGUUUGGAUUCAGUAAUCCUUUUUCAAGUUAUAAAUAGUAUAUGUAAGAAGAUCAUUACUAUGUUUCUCUCUCUCUGUAGUUCUUGGGAAUGAUUUCAGAAUCUAAGAUUUUACAGUGAUGUUGUAAUA